UGAACACACCUAAAUUCUCAUAGACAAUCAAAUAGCAACACAAUUCAUAAAAGAAGAAAAAAAGAAGUCCAAAAUGUUCCAAGUCUUUAGAUAGAUCCAUCAUUCAUUGUUAUUCAACUACUAUGAUGAAAAAUAAUACUAUGUCGUUUCUCUUCAUCUUCCUCCUCUUAGUUUUGGUUUCAUGGCCAUUCAUCACGGCGGCGGAGACGGAACAGCAGAAGCAACAGUUCGCCGUGGAGAGUGGAAAAGUAUUGGAACUUGAUGAAUCUAACUUUGAUGCUGCAAUUUCCAAUUUCGAUUAUAUUUUGGUUGAUUUCUACGCUCCUUGGUGUGGCCACUGCAAACGACUUGCUCCUCAGUUGGACAAAGCUGCUAGCAUUCUUGCUGAUUUGAAGCAGCCCAUAAGUAUCGCAAAAAUAGAUGCUGACAAGUACAAACGUGUUGGUUCAAAAUAUGGCAUCGAUGGAUAUCCAACUUUAAAGAUAUUUAUGCAUGGUGUUCCAACAGAAUAUUAUGGACCAAGAAAAGCAGAUUUACUUGUACGAUUCUUGAAGAAGUUUGUUGCUGCUGAUGUGGCCAUACUCAAUUCUGACUCGGCCAUUAGUGAAUUUGUUGAAGCAGCUGGCACUAGUUUUCCUAUAUUCAUAGGCUUUGGUUUGAAUGAAUCUGCUAUAUCACAUUUUGCAGUAAAAUACAAGAAGAGAGCAUGGUUUUCUGUGGCAAAAGAUUUUUCGGAUAAAACCAUGGAAUUCUAUGAUUUUGACAAAGUACCUGCUUUGGUAGCUCGUCAUCCAAACUAUGACGAACAAAGCAUCUUCUAUGGCCCCUUUGAAGAAAAAUUUGUUGAGGAUUAUAUCAAGCAGAGUUUGCUCCCACUGACUUUGCCCAUUACUGAAGAAAAUCUGAGAUUGCUGAAAGAUGAUGAGAGAAAAGUUAUUCUAACAAUUUUGGAAGAUGAAAGUGAUGAUAGGUCUAAGAAAUUAGUGAAGCUCCUGAAAGCAGCUGCAUCUGCAAACCAUGACUUCGUGUUUGUUUUUGUCGGGUUCAAGCAGUGGCAAGGGUUUGCUGAAUCAUUUGAAGUUUCUAAGAAAACUAAACUGCCAAAAAUGGUUGUUUGGGAUGGCGAUGAGGAGUACUUUUCAGUUGUUGGUUCGGACAGCAUUGAAGAUGAAGAUCAGGGGUCCCAAAUUACACAAUUCAUUCAAGGAUACAAAGACGGAAAUAUUAUACAGAAACGUAUUAGCUCUGGUUCUUUCAUGGGUUUCAUAAACUCAAUGAUAGGGAUUGGAACAGUGACCAUCAUAGUGUUUGUAGUUGCGGUGGUGAUGAUUAUCCAGUCUUUGAAAGAGGAACCCGUAACUGUUGGUACAAGGGACGAGGGAGAUCAUCCAAGCAGCUCCACCUCUCAGGCGGAAGCCAGACAACCACUUCGUUCUGGAGAGAAACAAGACAAGGAAGAUUAAGUUUUACACCAGUCAGACCUCAAAUAGUUAGCUUGAGAAAUCCUCGACAGGAAAACCAAACUACGCGUAGGUCUAAAGAGUGCUGUUAAGUUUCAUUCUCACCAUGAUCACGGCCCUUGUUAUCUUAUGAAAGUUACUUCAUCAACAUACUUGUAGGAUUACUGUAACCGGAAGUGUGGAGGGAAGAGUUUGUGCUUCAAUCUGUGUUAUUGAAUUUAACAAUUUGUAUUUACAAAUGUGGAGGCAAAUUUAGUUUUACCACUGUGUAAAAUGUGUUUAAAACUAGAAACAAUGCUGCUGCUAGCUUUAUUCUGUACACAAUCUUGUUUUAGCUAAUACCGCUGCUUGUUUGGCGAUUAA